AUGUCACUUUUGAGCAGACUCUGUCUAUUCGCAGGGCUGGUAUACACGACAACAACAGUAGCAACGGCAUCAUCGUCAUCGAUUCGGUUAGAUUGCGAUCCCUGCAUCGACCGAACCGUCACUCGUUUGGGCGCCAUUUUGCCUGAUUUCGUCCCACGAGAUGGAGUGAUCGCGUCGGCAUUUCACCAGGCCGCUUCCGACAUGAAUGUGGACCUGUCCAUCUAUACUGAUAGCAGUUUCAAUUUCAACAACGAUGAAGAGGCAGGUGCAGUGGACGCUUGGUUGGUGCAUUUGGGGGCACAAGAUGCCAUCAUGGAGUCUCGUGUCCGAGAUUUGGCCCUGGCAGGGGAGAUUUUUGUGGGCUGGGGCUGGGGGUAUCAAUCCACCGUGGCAAGACAAGCUGUCGGAUGGAUGGCGUCCAACGAUGCCGAGGGUGGACGAAUGGCAGCCAAUGAGACCUUGCAGUUUCUCGGGUUGUCCAGAACCAACCCUACAAAAGAAUUGCGGGUCGCAUACGUAGUGGAUCCGACAUCCAUCCCAGCACAGGCUCAGCUACGAUCGGACACUUACAAAGAGCAACUUAUCACACUGCUGCCCAACUCGACCAACGUUAUGAUGGACACUGUAUCCAUUUCUGAUACAGAUAUUACCAGUGAUGCCAAGUUGGUGUCUCUGUUCCAGAACUGUCCUCGUCAGGCCAUUUUGUUGGACACUCCUCAGUCCGUCACAACUGCCCUGCAACUCAAAGAAACACACAAUUGCACCCACACGUCUCUAGGAGCCUUUCUCGACAAUUUUCAGUCGGAUCUCAAUCCUACUCUCUAUCGAGCCAUCACACGACAACAGCUCCAAUUUGUACUCGACCCGGAAAUACAUUUACAAUCCAGCAUGGCGGUGGUACUAUCAUCCCUCUACCUCACCACGGGAAAGAAACCUGCCUUUCCCAGGGAUAUUCCCACCUAUUGGACCGGCCCCACACUCAUUCAUCCCCGCAACGUUCCGUCCGAUACCACGGCGGUCUGUCAAAAGACGGCCUUUCCCGUUUGCGAUCCCACUACUACUACUCAAGCUGAUGAUACCAGUAUGGCUGCCAAUGCCGAACGGGUCGAUUGGUGGGGCCUCGAUCAGUGUCCCUGUACGCCGCGUCACAGUCUUCGCAUUGGCGGCGUCUUGCACGGGACGCCGGGAGGAUUUUGGGAUCCCGUCUUUGCCAGUGCCCGACAGGCCGCUCGUGAUAUGCGAAUCGAACUGGAAUUGACACCCUUUGAUUCCAAAGAGGACUUUGACUUGCUCGUGGAUCAAAUGUCGGCGCGGAUUCGCAAUCUCUGCGAAAGUGGACGGGUCGAUGGAUUGGUCGUUAGUAUUCCGCAUCCACGAGUGGCAAGGGCCGUCCAACGGUGUCUCGAUUUGUUUACUCCCGUCAUCUCCGUCAAUAGUGGCAUUGCGGAAUCGCAACGCUUGGGAUUGAUGCACCAUAUCGGACAAAAUGAAUAUGCGGGAGGAUAUGAAGCGGGACAGCGGUUGAUUCAAGCCGGCAUGACACGAGGAUUUUGUGUGGAUCACGAAUAUGGAAACUCGGCCUUGGCCGAACGAUGUCAAGGAUUCAAGGAUGCCAUUGCCGACAGUGAACAACCUGUGGAAUUCCGGAAACAUGUGGCGGUACCACGCGACAAUGAUGCCGAGUUCCGAAUCGCCAUUGAGAAUGCAGUGGGAAGGGAUUGGAAAGGCGUGGGAUUCCUGCAGUUGUCAGCUUCUAGUUUUCGUUCUCUUCGGUCGCUGCUUGAAGAACACCCGGGAACACUGGCAGGGUCGUUCGACUUGAAAGAUUACAUUUACGAAGCCAUCCAAGAUGGCGUUCUGCUCUUUACGGUGGAUCAACAACCCUUCCUGCAAGGAAACCUACCCAUAUACUUGCUGACAUAUUACAUGUACACACGACAAACGAUUUCCAAUCAUCUGAUACAGAGCGGGCCCAGUUUCGUCGAGUCCCCGCCUUCUGAAGCCCAGAAAAUAUGCGAGGCCAACCACUUUCGCGUGUGCCCCGAUCGACCCGAAGAGGACAUGACUUUCAUCUCGGAUGGUUUUCUUACUGUGGGAUACGUUCUCUUCUCCAUUGUGGCGGUAUGUGCUGUUGCGGCCAUGGCUUGGACAUGUAUAAACCGCAAGUUGUGGGUAGUGAGGGCAUCGCAACCGCUAUUUCUUGGCUUGAUCACUGGGGGAGUCUUCAUCUCCAGUUUGUCCAUCCUCUUUCUGGGUGCGCAAACGGCCUACCGGUUGGAUCAGGAUGAAUACGGAGAUUUCACGGAUGCGGAGAAUCCGGAUAUCCAAAGGGUGGACGCGAGUUGUAUGGCUGUCCCUUGGCUCUAUGGGAUGGGAUUUGUCAUUAUCUUUUCGGCACUCUUUGCCAAGAUUCAUCGUGUGCGUAUGAUUUGUCAAGCCGGUCGUAGGAUGACGCGCAAGGCAGUGACUGCCAAAGACGUACUCCCGAUCAUGGGUUGCCUACUCCUCGUGGAGGGUGUGAUUCUCGCAAGCUGGCAGAUUGCAGCGCCACUGACAUGGCAGCGAGAAGUGAAGGAUGAAGUGGACGGAUAUUCGACAAAGUCAGUGGGGGGUUGCACUUCAGGCCUAGACUCCAAUGAAGGAUGGGGUUUCUUCCUUGGUCUGAUGGGUUUCCAUGUCAUCUGCCUUUUAUAUGCAUUGGUCCUGAGCUAUCAAGUCAGGCAUCUCGACUCUGAUUUCGCAGAGAGCAGCUAUGUGUCUCUGGCUGUUGCCUUUCUCUUUCAGGUUCUGGUUCUGUCUAUACCACUGAUGGCCCUCGUCGAAGUUCGACGAAUGCACGAAGUACAGGCUGAAAUAAGAAGAUCCCAGCAAGAAAGGUCCCUGAAACGAGCGUCUUUGGUGGCAGCAGCGGCCCCAGCACUGAAUGAAGAAACCACUCCUGCACCCCACGGACCCCUUUUUCUUGAAUCCGACCAUCAGUCAUUGUCUGGUCAAAUAGAACAGGCAUCGAGACAACUAAAACUGGAAACGGGGGAUAAAGGUGACGGCGAAGUGCUGCGUACAACCAGUAGUGCGGGCAUGGAGGAAAUGGUUUUGUCGGAAACGGAACGCGCAUCAGAGACGCAACAUCUGGGAGGGGAUGGAAUCAACGGGAGUACGGCGGAGUCAGGAUCAUCUCAAGAUUGCCUUACAAGGCGACAUAGUCCAAAUAGUACUACCACUGACGUGAUGUUGUCUUCAGAUGAAAUUUUGUCGAGUUGGGAAGACCUUGGAUUCCCCUCUGAAGAUUUCACCCAGCGCAUCGUCGAAAUGUUGAGCCGGUCAACAGAUUCAUCAAGGCGACAAGCAAUUGCAUCUCAGUUGCUGGGUGGAGAGUCGAAGCACUUGCUAGCGAGUUGA